AAAUCGGGACGUUCGAUUCCGAUUUGACGUUCCCAGAAGACGCUCGAGUAUAUAUAUUUCGAAGCUUGAAGUGAACCAAAUUCCAAUUCCUGUCGCCUCGUCAAUUUUUUUUGAAAAUAACAAUUUUAUAUGCUUCACCGGCAGCCGAGCGGAAUGUGAAAAUUAAAACGUCCGCCUAAUAUGAAUUUAAUCGCGUGCAAAGGGCGUUCGCGCAAGAGCUGACGAAGGCUCGCCUCGCAUAUGUACUCUCUUACACACAACAAGUGGAGCGGGCCCGUGCCGCAUCGUAACCAAUGACGUGGAUAUAGGUUAAAGUUCUCAUUGGAACAAAAUCAAACCUCGCCAGGUUCCCUAUCGGGGCACGUUUUUCCAAACAACAGACAAAUUUGUAAAUAAUGUUCGAAAUCACAGACACGCAGAAAAUCGGAGUGGGACUGGCGGGAUUUGGCAUCUCCUUUCUGUUCCUCGGCGUACUGCUGCUCUUCGACAAGGGUCUACUCGCCAUUGGAAAUCUUCUGUUUAUAGCGGGACUCGCAUGUGUCAUCGGGCCAUGGAGGACGUUAAACUUCUUCUUUCAAAGGCACAAGAUGAAAGCGAGUGUCUCGUUUCUCGGGGGUGUUUUCGUAGUGCUCAUGGGUUGGCCCAUUGUAGGAAUGAUCCUGGAGACCUACGGCUUUGUAUUGCUCUUUAGUGGUUUUCUACCAGUAGCGAUAAACUUCAUACGAAGAGUGCCUAUACUUGGGACUGUACUGGACAUGCCUGGCAUCAGUCGACUCUUGGACAUAAUCGCAGGUGAUUCCAAUCGGACAACUGUAUGAUACAACUAUAUAUAAUAUAUUAGAGAACCACCCACAUCCUUUUGCUUGGAACCUGUAUAUAAAGCGGUCAAAUGUUCAUGCCCCAUAUUCCUUUUUUCUAUCAUUCCCGUUCGAGAAACGUCAGCUGUCAAAUUUUUGUACAAAAGUAUAAGAAUAAUUUUUACUCGUUAUGUCAGUCACUGUAAGAAAAUAUCAGUAAGACUAGUAUAAUCGAUUUGUAUGUUGCCAAUUUGUAUACAUAUAACUUAAUUAUAUGUACUGAUUAUGUCAAGGGUACACGUGGAACAUGGUUUACGUGGAACAUUCCAAAAAGCUUUUUCAUAUUAAAAAAAAAGAUAAUCUAUAUUAAUUUUUUUAAUCCAAAAAUAUUUAUCAUUGUCAGUAAAUAAAUAACGGUCGAAAACGUACCCUUCUCCUAAUCAAAUAAUGAAUGUUUUGGGAUAACAAUAAAUGGACGUGUUGAAUGUGUAUUAUUUA